AUGGCACUCCUGCAGCAGACUCUAAUCCUUCCAGCAAUGUCAAAGUCUACGACUUUCCAUGGCCGUGAGGCGCGAGGCUGGCGUGCGGGACAGACGGGCAGCACCGACGGCUCAAGCGCCGGCUGCCCCGUCGACCUGUUAAAUUUCAUGCAUCUGAAUGAGCGUUUUGUUGAAAGCUUGACACCAGGCUUGCGCGUCGAUCCGCCUACUGAUCAGCUGCCUUCCCAGAGCGGAUCAAACGGCAGCUUGGGGUUGAUACGGGAUCUUUGGCCGCCGUCCUACAGCCGCCCAAUCGCAUGUGCCCCCCUGGUAUGCGGCCUGGUACGCACCGCGUUACCAGCCGUCCAACGAAUCAGCAGCAGCGGCUGUGCUGCCGGGUCCGAAACUCUCGUGGGCCAUCAGGCCGACGGCUGGAACUCCGCCAACCCAUCGCGGCUGCCACCGCGGCAGCCCCCACCGCCUCUUGAGCAAGCGGUUAUUGCCGUCAUUCGGGCGUGCUCCCGGGUAUUAGCUGUUCAGCUGGCCAUGCACCUAGCGGCCUUACACCACCAGCAACCACUGGAGCUAUCACGGCUGCCACCGCUAUCACAGGCCGGAAGCCUGGUUCGUCACCUAGCGAACUGUCCACUGGAUGGGGAUAUGGUGCGCAAGUGCCUGGCGUCGUCGUCCGUGUCAGGGGCUGGGGUUGGGUGGUCAUCCACCGUGGGGGAAGGCCUUGCCGCAGUGGCGGCAGCAGGGAGGCGCCCCGAUGGGGGCAGUGGUGAUGCGCUGCAAUGCGGAGAUGUCGGCGGCUGGGUGUCUGAGGACACCUGGUCGUUUUCUGGCCCGUUGCAAUCAAGGGACGUGGCGGCAGCAGCGGCGGCAGGGGAGGGCCCCGCACCUGUCGUCUGGCGGGGCAGCUGCUCCUGUCGACGGCUUUGGGAGCCCGUGUGUGAUGCCGCCACGGGCCGCCAGUACCCCAACCGGUGCUAUGCGGACUGCCAGGGAGCUGCACGGCUGGCAGUACCGUGCAGCGAUUUGAUGAUGCCGCGGCAAGCAACCGCUGCGUCGGCUUCUGCUGCGGCCGCGGAAACGGCGCCGACGGCCGCUGCUGCUGUAUCUGCGUCGGCUCCAGUUGACGUGAAGGUGCAGCAUGCCACAACUUCAGCCGCGCCUGCGGGAACCAGGGACGGCGCGGCGGCCGCCACCACCACCACCUCGGAAGGAACGGCAUCAGCUUUGCGAUGGUGGUCUAUUUUUGCUGCUUCGGUCGCCACCUUACCCGAAGAGGCUUCAGCAGCGACGGUGAAAGCCUCCGAGGAUGAGGUGAUGGCGGCAGCGGCGGAACUGCGAAGGCUGUUCUUGGCGGUCGGGGCGGCUGCGGCAGAGCCGUCCAUCCCAUACCCACUCCCGGCUCCACGCAGGGAGGCUUACGAGUUGGUUCUGGGUACUAUGGCGCAACUGCUCCAGCCCCCUGUUGAGCUAUUGGCAGCUGAGGCUGGAGACACGUUGCACGAGGAGUCCGACGGAGUGCACAUGGCGGUGAGAGGUUCGGCUGGGGCCGGCCCUAGUGCGAACGGCGUGGGCACCCACGUCGGCGUGGCAGCAGCCCCAGUAGGAAAAACUCAUCCCCGGUUGGGUAUCGACGGCAUGGCGAGCUGGGACAGCUGCGUGUGGCCACCGCUGUCAGGUGCUGCACAUGGCACACCCGUAUCCAUCGCCUCUCCUGCCGCCUUGGGGGUUGGUGGUGUCGGAGGCGGUGGCGGUGGCGGUGGCAUACAUCCCGGGUGUCUCAGCCGGCUGCUGUACUUGAUGAACCUACUGACUGCAGUGGGACUGACCGGUGACGGGUAG